AUGGCGGGUUCCAUGACUCCGGAUUUAACGGCGUUCAAGACGGCAGCUCUCCGGACAACGGGUUCCACAUCCACGGCGCGUUUCACGCCUCGGCACGCGCCAGCGAAGCGGCUGGAGCGGCGCUCGUCUCUGUCGCCCCUGGCGCAGCUUCAGGAGUUUUAUCAGGUGCAAUCGCCGCAGGAACAGAGACCGCUGCAGGGGACGGGGGAGCGGAUGUUGCAGGGGGCGGGGGAACGGAAGGGGGAGCGCGAGGGGAAGCAGCAUAGCCAGCUGUUGAUGAGUCAGCAGCGGCAGCCAGGUCGCAACCAAAGCGGGGCGGUCACGCGGCUCGGUCGACGCUCGUCCAUCGACUUAGCGGAUGUCGCGGCGGCGAGAGCGGCGGCAGCCGCGGCGAAAGAAUCACCCUCGGCUCGUGGCUAUGAAGCUUCCAACAAUGGCGGCGCCGCGACCACCGGCAGCAGUCCCGCUUACGGCGGCGCGAGGAGGCUGCAUCUGUCAAACCGCCAGACGAGCGGAGAUUGGGCGGCGUACGCUGCGCAGGGGAAGAAUGGCGCGCAGAAUACGCGCGCGCAAGCGCAUGAGCAGCAAGAUCGGUCGCAUUGUCCCUUCCCCAACGCCUCCGCGGAGGUCGAGCGCGCGUCCCCCCGCUUGCGCGAGGGCGGCGGCGGCGACACAGAUCCUGCGCAUCAUGCGCAAUACGUUCCCCCCAAGUCCCCGCGAGCUGCCCGCCUCCCCCUUGGUUCCCCGCGUUCUUCCGCGAAUGAGUCCGCUGGUCCGCCAAUGGCCGCGCUUGACCCCACUCAAGCGGGGAUGCUCUUUUCCGCCGUUUUGCACCGCGGAAAAGGCGCCGGUUCGCUUGAGGCGCCGGAAUCGGCGGAGGUUCGCAGUUCCGCCGCGUCAGGGGGAAGUUCCGCCGCCGCCGAGAUUCGCGCCGCCGCGAAUGAGGUCGCGCGGAGAGAGGGGGGAGAGGGGGGAGAGGGGGGAGGCGCACAAGGAAACGACAGCGGCGGAGGGGGCAGCGGGAGGGGACGCGGCGGGAAGGGGGAUGAUGGAGGAAGGGAAAUUGCUGGGGAUAGGAAGGCGGGAACAGGCGGGAGGCAGGCGCUAUCGUUGGGGUUAAGUUUUUCGGUGGGGAGGGAAGAAUCGCCCUUGGGAUUAGGGUUAGGGGGCUGGAGCGCAAGCAUGGCGGCUUUCGCUGGCGGAGGGGGGAGUGUGGGCGGUGGCGGGGGAGGGGGCGCAGGGGGAGCGGGCGACGAAGGGAAGCAUCAGCACUUACCACUGCAACUGCACUCGCUGAUGGAGGGAUGGGAGGGGGGGGAAGAGGAGGAGGAGGAGGAGGAGAGGGGGGAGAGAGUGGGGGAGCGGAAGGAGAAGACGGAGAGGUGGGUUUGGAGAGAACUCUGA